AUGAAGGAGAAGGUGUACUGCGUGAUACCAGAAGGCGUCGAGAUGGAUGGCGACUUCGACUGUCUCGAGUUGGUGAAGGCGAUCUACGGUCUCAAGCAAGCUUCACGCGUGUGGAACGAGACUUUCGACGAGUUCGUAUGCUCCAUCGGUUUCGAAGCGUGGGCGUUCGACCCAUGUCUCUACAUCAAGGUUGCGUAUGGUCACUGUGUGCUGCUACUGGUAUACGUGGAUGACGUUUUGGUAACAGGCAGUUCAAUUGACUUGAUUGCACAGACCAAGAGUGAUCUCAAGAUGCGUUUCGAGAUGACCGACAGCGGCAAGUGUACUUUUGUACUGGGCAUCGAACUGGUGGACGAAUCGGAUGGCAGCGUGACGAUGUGCCAGCGACGGUAUGUCAACGACAUCCUCAAGCGCUUCGGCAUGGAUGAGUGCAAGGCCACAGCAAGUCCGGUCGACUUGAGCACUCGGCUUGUCGCAAGCAGCGAAGCGGCCAAGAUCGACGUUCCGUUUCGUGAAGCUGUGGGAGCUUUGAUGCACUUGAAGACUGCGACGCGCCCGGACAUUGCGUAUGCUGUGGGGUACGUCUCGCGCUUCAUGGAGAAUCCGCAGCAAGAACAUUGGACGGCGGUGAAGCGCAUCUUUCGUUACUUGCAAGGGACCAAGUCGCACGGACUCCGCUUCCAGCCAAGCGACAAGAUCGACUUUCGUGGCUACUCGGACGCGGACUGGGCCGGCGACCACGUUGAUCGCAAGUCGACUUCGGGUUACACUUUCAUGCUGAUGGGUGCUUCUGUGAGUUGGGGAAGCAAGAAGCAGUCAAGUGUGUCGCUGUCGACGAGUAAAGCGGAAUACAUCGCACUGAGUCUGGCCAUCCAGAAAGGCAAGUAG